AUGUCCGAAUACCUCCAUCAGCGGCGGCGGCAGAGGUCCAUCGUCCUUCAUGCACAGCGUGUCCGAUUAGCCCUCAUCUUCACGUCCCUGGUCCUUGCCGUGUUUCUGGUAGCCCUUGAUGCCACCAUCAUAGCGACGGCCAUACCGACUAUCACCUCCCACUUCAACAGCCUUUCAGAUGUUUCCUGGUACAAUGCCGCGUUCUUACUCACGAACUCUGCGUUUCAGCUGCCAUUUGGACGAGCCUAUACAUUACUCAACACAAAAGGGACCUACAUCGCAUCGAUCAUCAUCUUCGAGGUCGGUAGCGUCGUUGCUGGCACGGCUCCGAGCUCAAUCGCAUUGAUCAUCGGCCGCGCGAUUCAAGGUACUGGCGGUGCUGGCAUCUUUGGCGGUGCUUUCAUCAUCACCGCUGAGGCAGUACCGCUCGAAAAGCGCGCCGUCUUCAACGCAUCACUUGGAGGUGUCUUCGGUAUCGCCAGUGUGGUUGGGCCUUUACUCGGCGGUGUCUUCACCACCAACGUCACCUGGCGAUGGUGCUUCUACAUCAAUCUCCCACUCGGAGGCCUUGUCCUCGCCGCAGUCUUCUUCUUCCUCACCAACCCAAAGCCAAAAGAUCCCAAUCGAUUCAAAGGCCAGACCAAACUCCAAAUCGUCAACAAAUUCGACCCAAUCGGCACCGGCCUCCUCCUCCCCUCCAUCAUCUGCCUCCUCCUAGCCCUCCAAUGGGGCGUCCAAUACAGCUGGUCCAGCGGCCGCGUCAUCGCAACCUUCAUCGUCUUCGGCAUCACCAUAAUCGCCUGGUCCAUCAUCCAAGUCCGCGCCGCCGACAACGCAACCCUCCCCUACCGCGUCGUCUCCCAACGCACCGUCUUCAGCUCCGCCCUCUACAGCCUCCUAGUCGGCUCCGCCUUCUCCCUAAUCGUCUACUACCUCCCCCUCUGGUUCCAAACCAUCAAGCGCUCCACGCCGCAACAAUCCGGCAUCCAGCAACUCCCCACCAUCCUCUCCCUCGUCAUCGCGUCAAUUGCUGCCGGCGGCCUGGUCGUCAAGUUCGGCUACUACGUUCCCUUCCUCUACGCGGGCACCAUCUGCCUCUCCAUCGGCUCGGGCCUCCUCUCCACUCUCAAACCCGAUGCGACGACUGGGGAGUGGAUCGGGUAUCAGAUUCUCUUCGCGGCAGGGGUGGGGAUGGCGUUGGAGCAGACGAAUAUUGCUGCGCAGACGGUUUUGGAUGAUAAAGAUAUUCCCGCUGGCACAUCGUUGAUGGUGUUCGCGAGGAGUCUCGGUGGCGCGCUGGCGGUGGGGAUAGGACAGACAGUCUUCGAGCAGCGUCUCAGAGGUCUGCUCAAGACGGAACUCCCGAGUCUCGGUGGAGACGUCGUCAAUCAACUUGUCGGAGGGAGCGGUGCGACGGAUUUGAUUGCCAAGGUGCAGGCGGCUGCUGGUGGGGAUCAGGGGAUCGUGGCGACGGUGUUGGCGCUGUAUAACACUGCGUUGACGAAUUCGUUUUAUGUGGCGGUGGCGUUUUCGGCGCUUACGAUUGUGCCGUGUUUGUUUAUUGAGUGGAAGAGUGUCAAGAAGGAGAAGAAGCCGGAGAAGGAUGAGGAGAAGGCAACAGAACAACGGCAAGACGACAGUGAUUCUGCGAAAGAGGAGAAGGAUGAUGGCGAAUAG